AUGGAUGCGUUCCUGUCGAAGAAGCAACAGCUGAAAGAGGACCUCCAGCGGUCGCGGAGUAGAAUCUCCAUCUCCUUCGACCUCUGGACCUCGCCAAACCCGUACGCAAUCCUGGGUGUCGUCGCCAUGUGGAUUGACGCCACCGGCAAGCGACGAAGUACCGUCCUGGGCAUGCGACGCGUUCAUGGCGAGCACAGUGGCGAGAAUCUUGGGUCGACCGUUCUCGAAUUAUUGACGGAAUAUGACAUUGGCGGAGAUCAGAUUGGAUACUUCAUGCUGGACAAUGCUUCAUCCAAUGAUACCGCUGUUGAGUUUAUACUCAAGGAGCUCUGCCCAUGGAUGAAGCCGCAACAGCGUCGCCAUCGCCGACUGCGCUGCUUGGGUCACAUUGUCAACCUCUGCUGCCAGGCGUUUCUCAUGGGUCGAAAUUGUGAGAAGCAUUUGGCGAAGCUUGAAAGCACCACCAGCGCGGAGAUUACGUGA